ACCCCACAGUCUUUAUUAAAACAUUUACUACGGAAUUACACCGCACUAAUUCGUCCAAGAUCCAAGUAUGAAGACCCUAUCUCUGUCGAUGUGUUAUUUGCUUUGACUGCAUUUGGUGGAUUAAAUGAAAAAAGUCAAGUCAUGUCUAUUACGGGUUGGUGGAAUAUAACGUGGUAUGACGAAUUUCUAAAUUGGGACACAGUACAGUAUAACACAACUAGUAUUGUUAUACCUUCAAAUCAAAUCUGGCUUCCGGAUAUUGUUAUAAUUAAUGGUGAGGAUGACUAUGGUAUUUUGGAGAAAGUAAGUUCCCGAAUAAAACUUGACCAUAAUGGCCAUGUAUCUUGGUUUCCAGGUGGAAGAUAUAACAUAUUUUGUAAAAUGGAUAUUCAAUAUUUUCCGUUUGAUAGACAGGUUUGUGAAGUAUCAAUUGCUUCUUGGAAUGGUGACACGGACCGAAUACAGAUUUUAGGAAAACCUCCAAAAUUUGACGCUGUCUUCUACAGCGAUAGUCCUCAAUGGUCUAUGGAUAAACUAUUUACCAAUCAUUCAGACUACAAUCAACAUAGCCAAACAAUACAGAUAGUGUUUGCCCUUCAAAGAAAACCGACAUUUUAUGUGUUGAUAAUUAUUGUUCCCACGGUAACUCUAUCAUUGUUAUCAAACUUAGUGUUUAUUUUACCUGUAGAAUCGGGUGAAAAAAUAUCAUUUUCCGUUUCUAUAUUACUCUCUUAUAUCGUACUUAUGACAUUAACUUCUGGAAUUUUACCAGACAAUUCGGACAAAGUUUCUAUUUUAGGUAUUUAUUUUGGAGCUCUAUUAAUUUUGAGUGCCUUGGCAACUUUCACGUCAGUUAUUGUUUCGUACCUCCAUUAU